AUGCCCCUGCAGGAGGUGGCGGAAGGGGGACACGGACUUUGGCUACCAGAAAACUUGACUGUACCCUCACCUGCUGGAUCAGGGGUGAUGGAACCUAAGAUCAGAAGUGGUAGAGGCCUCUGGCUCAUCAGCUUCUUUCUCAGCUCAUGUGUACUGUUCUCCUCGGGGGCUUUACUUCCCAAGCUGCAUAAUUCAGGCCGCUUGCUUUGGAAGCACGAUGUAUCACAGAACCCUUCAACAGAGAGCGGUGUUAACCUCAAAGCCCCCCUUGUCCCCUGGGGGAGCCGCAUCCCUUCCAUCACCCUGCGUGACUGGAGCCUCAAGUGGACAUCUUCUGAUGUCACUGCUCCACAGCAUGAAGAGAAAGACGACAAAGGGCAAAACAGGAAGUCCCGCCCCUGGGACCCAGUGAGACAAGAAGAUGCGCCUUCCGAACGUCUAAAGAUGGCACUGCUCCCACGGAGUUGGAUGCAAGGUUGGGGUGGGAAACGAAGCCUCGUGGUAGCAGAUGAUGCCGCCUUCCGGGAAAAAAGCAAGAUGCUGACAGCUAUGGAGAGGCAGAAAUGGCUCAACUCCUAUAUACAAAAGUUUUUGGUGGUGAACUCUGAGUAAGUGGGAGUGGUGGUGGGGAAUGGCAAUGGGGAGGGCAAUGAGGGUCCAGCUAGUUGUAUCACACCAGUCGCUGAAACCCACCAAGAACUAGAUUGCUGUAUCAAACAUUGUCAUAAAUUGAAGAUCAGCCUCAUAUCUUCCCCUCCCCAGUUUUCAGACCCCUUCGAAAGCUUUUCCAUCUCUGCCGUAGUCCCUUUCCAUACAUGCAGUUAUUUAUUCAACUACUUUCUCUUCUGCUAAGAUAUGCAAAGGGCUCUUUCCCCACAAUGAGGACAGAGAGAGAGGCUUGGGGCAAGCCCUCUUCUUGUUCUGCUGCUCACUACAUUGCCCAAGCCAGGCAGGAGAAAAUGAGGGCACCAGUUGAGCCACCUAGAAGAGAGCUCUACUUGGGCCUCUGUUGCUGUUAGUACUGGGAAAUCAAAGCUGCUAUGCCUCAGCCUCUUAUAUAGCCACCAUUUCCUUCAAAAUAUAGUUUUUGAAAAGGGAAUUGGUAAAUCGUGAUAGCAUUAUAAUGAUCUAUUGCCGUAAUAUAUGAGUCCCCAAGCAUUUGCUUUAGAAGGGUUAUCUUAUGUUCUUAUGUUCUAUUCCAAAAGGCAUGUUUCAAGACUGCAGCAAAGUGGGCAGAAGCACAGAAGCAGAAUGAACAGGGGAUGAUGACAUCCUAUAGAUUCUGCUCAAAAUAAUGCUGCAGUAAGGAAGGCAAAGCAGAGCAAAACAUUUAUGCGGGAAACAGCCUUGGAGUUAAAGAGCUAGUGUGGUGCAGCCGUUCUAAGGGCUCUUGUGGGGACACAGUGAAGGAGGAUUGUAUAUGCCACCCUAAGCUUCUGGGAAGAAAGGUGGGGUUAAAAUGUGUUAUAUCAAGAAACACAGUCUGUGUCUUAGCAAAUGACUUCUCUGAGCACACCUAGUAUAGCUAGCUAGCUCUUAAAUAGGUGAAAAAUAGAACCCCUCUUAAUAAUAAGUUGCUGAAAGGACAUCGAAAGUACAAAAAAUCCGUCAGGUUCAAAAGUUUUGGCAAAUUUUGAGCAAAAGAUGCACUUCAAAGCAGAACUGCAGCUAACUGCAAAGCAGCAGUCUUAGAAGAUGAAGCACAGAAAAAGUAUUACCAUAUAAUCCAUGAAUUGAAGAACCAUUGCCUCUUCAUUAUGUGUCAAGACUGGGGGCGGGGGGGGAAGACUGGAAUUUUUACUGCAGAAGCAUCAUGAAAGGUGUUUGAAACAGCAGUUGUUCUUGGUUUUCUGUAAGGGGAAGAAACCCCCAAAUUUCUAGGGUUAGAUCAGGGUUGUAGGAUACCACUCAGGGGUCCAUCCCAAGCCCUGUUGUUGGAGCACGUGCUGGGAGUUCUGAAUUAAAAUUUAAUCCUCAUGAGAACUCCAAUUCAGA